GUAAACAGCUGUCUUGUGUUUUGGUUUGGCAUCCGAGAGGUCAUUCUGAGACACAAAGAAAUCGCGUAAGCCAGUCCAUUUUCUGAUACACUUGUGUCGUGAGCACGUGUUUUGAGAGCUUUGAGGACUUCCAGAAAAAAAAUGGGUCGCAUUUUUCUGGACCAUAUUGGAGGCUCUCGUCUUUUCUCAUGCGCUUCUUGUGAUACGUUCCUCACAAACAGAAGUGAGCUAAUUAGCACGAGAUUCACUGGUGCGACUGGUAGAGCAUUCCUCUUCAAUAAAGUGGUGAAUCUCAACUACAGUGAGGUGCAGGACCGCGUCAUGCUGACUGGUAGACACAUGGUUCGCGAUGUGUCCUGCAAGAAUUGUGAUGCCAAGCUGGGUUGGGUGUACGAAUUUGCCACUGAGGAGAAUCAGCGCUACAAGGAGGGGCGCGUCAUUCUCGAGCGUGCACUCGUAACGGAGAGCGAUGGUAUGGAUGAGCACGUCGGUGACAACUGAUGUGCUGUGAGAACCGUACCACUAAAAGACAUCAUAGCUGGUGGAAAAAGGAAAUAUUGGACAGUGACCGCUAUGUUCACAAAAAACUAAAGAUCCUUAAUCACAGUAAUUAGAUGUCAAAAUUGAAGAAAUGUUCUGCCAGAUGUAUGAUUGGCUGCACUGAACUUCCAAAUAAACUGGUGUAAUCUAAUUCUGUGAUCUGCUACCCGUUGUUAACGCUGACGAAGCACUUUACAGAUAGUGCCAAAAAAAAUGUUGUUAACAUUUUUAAUAUUUUGGAUUGUCACUUGCCUCUGUGACUAAAAUUAGACAAUAGCUCUACACAGCUUUCACCAAAUUCUUCACGCACGAAAUAAGUCGUUAGAGGAGUGUAGAGAAAUUUCUAUGCCUCAGCUGAUGGUUUACUGUUUCACUUGCCUAUGCCAGUAUUUGUGUUGUGUGAAAUUUUGAUGAUAUCGCAGGAGCUUAGGAAGUCAUCCAGGAAGUCUAAUUAUGUAAUUACCAACAUGAUGUGCAAAACAUAUCAGACAUUGGGACAAGUUAUAAAAUGAAUGUUUAAUUUUUAAGAGGCAUUGGUAAUUGGAUGGAACACAAGUUGUUCUAGUAUUUUCAAAUGCCUUUCAAAAUGUUUAAAGUGUAAAUUGCAGUUUAAAAAGAGAAUAUAUUUUUAAUUUGCAUUUGUUUUGAUGCACAACAAUUUAACAUAAAAGUUGUUUACGUCCAUUAAGUAUUCGUGGCAUUUGUUGUCACUUGAAGUCUCAUUCUUCAUCUUUUUUACUUUAUGUAUUUUUUUAAAUAUGUCCAACUGUCCAUACUUAAAGUCACUUUUGGAUCAUUCUUGUUGAAAUAAUUACUCCAAUUAUCAGUCAACAAAUUAAGGUUCAAUAUGCAAUUACUAAAACACAAAAAAAUUACACGGUGAAUUGCCUUUUCGUACCACAUAAGAACACUCAAGGAAUAGCAAACAGAUAUGGCAAUAAGGUACUGGCCUAUGAUGCAGCCACUAAUACAUUAUGCAGUUUGACAAGUAAAGGAAUUAUUUGGGUUUAGGCCAUAGCAAAUUUAGCUGUUAAUAAGAAAUGUAAUAGAGUGUGCAUGUGCAUGCCCACCCACCCAUGCGCGCAUGCACGUCUACACACACAGUGAGAGUGUUUUUGCAUUUUUCUGUGCAAUAUUCUGCAUUCUGUUUCUUUUUUUGACUUCUCUAUUGCCUGGAUUGUGUACUUGACAAAGUUGAAUUCUUUUGACUUAGAACUGAUCAGCCGUAUUUAUGAGAUGACUGGGCACACAAUUACAUUUUUUAUUUCCACCUGCUUGUACUUGUUUUGCCAUCAUCAUAAUGUCUGAUAACAUAGUUAUUUCAGUUAAAAUGGGUUGGUUAAAGGAUAAUCUAUGUUCACUGAACGUCAUGAAAAAUCUUGACAUACAUUGUUUUUUCGGAAUGAUUGAGUUGAAAGAAAUUUGUUCCUGAUUUUAGUGAAAGGGCUUAUAGUUUUUCUUUUUUCUGCCAUUUUUUAUAUCAAAGCUAGAAGAAAGACACCACCUGAGCCAUUUUUGAGGUCAUGGAAUGCUGCAGUUAGAAUUUCUGGUCAUCUUAGAAACGUUGGGCACCAUAGACUAUGAAUAAGCACACAAUCGCGAGUCUUUCUUUUUACAUUAGUCCCAUUAAGUUGCUGGACAGUACCCCAUAAAUGUCUGUCUGUGACUACACAUACUUUCUGAGAUGCUUCUUAUCCUGCCUACUUCUCUUGUCUGUCAUAGUUUUUGGUGUGAGAGUGAGCGAUUUCUUUCAUUUUACACUGCAGCAGCUGAACUUGUAUGAACACCAAAACAAUGACCAACUGGUUUAAAAUACAAUUAUCAUUACUUUUUUUAAAUUUACCCUUAAUUUGCAUAUAGAAGUGACACAAAAAUUGAUCUUCACAUGAGUUUAAGGUCAUUUCUUGUGAUGUGUGUAGAAAAUGUCCAUCCUCGCUGCAUUUUCAAAUGUGUGCGAGGUAAAACAGUCUUUGUUGAAAAGAAAUUGUUUUUAAGAAUAUUCUGUAAUUUAGGACUGUGCAAUGUUGUGUUGAGAUUUUUUGUACAUUUUAUUAUUAAACAUGUGGACCGUACAGCCACAGGAAAUCUGUUGAACCAUAACUUUCAAAUAGUUAUUACUUAUAUUAAAGAAUUUAAUAUUCUUCCAUAUAACUGCCAUAAGGUAUCAGAUGGCACAUAUUUAAUUAGAAUGAGUGUUCUUAUGUUUAAUGUGAUAUUAACUAUAGAAAUAUGAAUGCUGUAUUUUGAGAAUGACUUUCAGGUUGUGUACAUAAGAAGUGACAGAAAUAAAAGGGAAACCUUUUUUUUCUUUGGUGUGUUGUCUUGUCAGUCUGUGAUGCAUCUUUUUAAAGAUUAGUAUAAAGUAAGAGCUCUUGUGGAGGCCUCCCUUGGUACCAGUUCUCCCAGACCUGUGUGCAAGCACGUUUAUACUAUCAGAGGAGAUCAAAUUGCUUUUUCUCUUGCACUGCCACUGCUGAGAAUAUAACUGCAGGCAUUUUUAAAGAAGUUAGGCAUCCGUACUUUGAUAAAAGUUUAUUUUCACACCAAUUGUUAUUGCAGUGUACAGAAAAGACCACUCUCAAAAGUUCUUAGUGGUAACACAAUUGACCACCCAUAUAAACUUCCAUUAAAGGCAAUUAUUAGGACAAGGAUAUUAUUUAAAAAAUUUUUGUGUUUACAUUUGACAAACAAUCCAAUUAUGAUGUCUGAAAACUGACACCAACCAGACUGUAUUUGAAAUGAGUUUGCAAACAGCAAGAAAAAUUUACUUCCAAACACAUGUAACUUACCACAUCUUUAGGGAGUUAUGACUGAGUGCCCCUUUGCAAGAAGACACUCGAGUCCAAAAGCUGUUUCAGGGGGGUAAUGAAUGAUGUUUCCAUAGCCACUGUGAAAAUAUUUUUCAUUCACGUAAUCAGCCUGAAGAUUUUAAACCACCAGCUCAAAUGUUUCAAUGCACAUUUGUACAUACAGCCAAAAUUCACGACAUCAGUGUUGCUCAUUAUUGUAUUUUAAGAUUUUUAGACACUGAGAAAAUGGUCUCAGUUAUUCUGUGUCCUUGAACUUCAGUUGGCUUGGCUAUUUGCCCACAGAUUUAGUUACAGCAUGGGAAUUAGUUAAAGCAUGGGAACACUGCAAGUGAAUAAAAAUAUUGUGUGUCCGCAGAAAUGUCAUUGAAAUUUCAGCAGUGGCAACCACGAAGCUAUUUGUUAGCACCUCAUAUAGAAUCCAGUGCAACGGAUUUCAUGAACACGACAGUGACUUGCAGUUGCUACAAAAAAUACCUGAACUGAAAAGUAACUGGUUCCAAGUUUGGCAGUCUUACAAAAUAAUAAAAAUGAACAAUAUACAUUUAUGUACUUUAUCUAUAUAGAAUGUAAGUGAUAUUUGUAACUGUAGAGUUGUUAUACUAUGUACCUUGAAUUUGUAAAGUACAAAAGAGAUAAUAAAAUUUACUCAAUAAAA